CCAGCAUCCCGCGGCGGCAGCGGGCACCGGGCGGGGGCCAGUCCCGGGGCCGCUCCCGGGAUCUGUCCCGUGGCCGGUACCGGAGCGGGACGAUGGAGUUGGGGGGGUGGCGGGGCCGGUGGCUUUCUGCCCCCCCGGGGGCGGUCCCGGGGCGGGGCCAGGGCGGCAGUUGGGGCUUUGGUAACCGGGGGUUGCUCAGACUUGCUCGGGACUUCCCCGGACGUGCCGGUGCGCUCCGCCGCCCCGGGCACCGACGGGCACCGGAGCAGGCCAUGCCGCCGCCGCCGCUGCUCCCGAUGCUGCCGCUGCUGCUCCUGCUCUGCCCGCGCCUGCCCCGCGCCGACCCGCUCUCCUACCCCGCCGUGAUUUCCCCCCAAGACCCCACCCUGCUGAUCGGCUCCUCGCUGGUGGCCACGUGCACGGUCAGCCCGGACUUUCCGCUGAAAGCCGAGGAUCUGUACUGGACACUGAACGGACGGCGCCUCCCGGCCGCCUCCUACGCCGCCCUGGGCCCCUCCACGCUCAGCGUGGCCCUCGCCCGCCUCAACGGCUCCAGGCAGCAGUCGGGGGACAACCUGGUGUGUCACAGCAGAGAUGGUGGCAUCCUGGCCGGUUCCUGUCUUUAUGUUGGAUUACCCCCAGAAAAACCAGUCAACAUCACUUGCUGGUCCAAAAACAUGAAGGACCUGACCUGCAAGUGGGCGCCAGGGACAGAAGGGGAGACCUUCCUGCACACCAACUACACCCUCAAGUACAAGCGCAGGUGGUACGGCCAGGACAACACCUGCCAGGAGUACCACACGGCCGGAACCUACUCCUGCCACAUCCCCAAGGACCUGGCCCUCUUCACGCCCUACGAGAUCUGGGUGGAGGCGUCCAACCGCCUGGGGGUGGCCGUGUCCGACGUGGUCAUGCUGGACAUCCUCGACGUGGUCACCACGGACCCGCCGUCGGACGUGCACGUCAGCAGGGUGGGCGACCUGGAGGACCAGCUGAGCGUGCGCUGGAGCUCCCCGCCGGCCCUCAAGGAUUUCCUCUUCCAAGCCAAGUACCAGAUCCAAUACCGCGUGGAGGACAGCUCCGAGUGGAAGGUGGUGGAUGAUGUGGGCAACCAGACCUCGUGUCGCCUGGCCGGCCUGCGCCCCGGCACCGUCUACUUCGUCCAGGUGCGCUGUAACCCCUUCAGCAUCUACGGCUCCAAAAAAGCCGGCAUCUGGAGCGACUGGAGCAACCCCACGGCCGCCUCCACCCCACGCAGCGAGCGAGUGGCGGGGGGCUGCGACCCCAAAGGGGGGGAGCAGAACACGACGCUGCGGCGGGAGCUGAAGCAGUUUUUCGGGUGGGUGAAGAAACACGCCUACGGCUGCUCCAACCUGGGCAUCAAACUCUACGACCAGUGGCGCGUGUGGCUGCAGAAAUCGCACAAAACACGCAACCAGUUCUUCCCGGCGAUAAGUUGUAGCCCGCGGGGGACCGAGCGCCGGCAGGAUGGGACGGGGCGCCCGGCGCCCACCCGGGACCGCCCGCGCCCGCCCCGGCCCCGCCGCGGGGGAGCCGGGAGGCGACCGGGGCGCAGCGCGGCCCCGCAGCCCUGGGGAACGGGGUGGGGUGAGGUUGGGGGGCCGGGCUGGCCCAGCCCCGGGGGCUCUGUGGGACCCUGGCCCUGCGGCAGCGAGGGGACCCCCCAGCCUUGCCCGGCCGGGGGAGGCACCGAGGCUUUGCUCCACCAGCCGGAGCAGCCUCUGGGAUGAAAGGGGCGGCGGGGGCUUCCCGGGUGACCCCACCCUCGCCGCAGUUCCCCCCCGGGAAGCGAUUUUGGCCUUUUUCUCGCCAGGGUCCCACGUGCGAGUGCACGGAGGGGUCCGUCCCCAGGGAGCCACGCGGGCUGAUUGGAGGCUGCUGGGGUUUGCCCAGUGCCUGCUCCAGUUUUGAUUCAAACCAGCCUUAUUUUGGUUCCAUUUCAGUCAAUUAGGAACAGAUUUAAGCUUAAUGCCAAUAAACCUCUGAAACCCCA